GUUCUUUAUUUAGGUAUGGUCCAGCACAUUGACUGCCGGAAAACUUCUUGUCAUUGGAAAUAUCUACGAUUUAUUUAAUAUUCAUUUCAAAAUACAUAUAGUUCUAUUUAUUUAUCAAAAAAAAAAGCCAGAUUGACCAUUAGCUCUUAAAUCAUCACAAUGUAUUUAUAGACUGAUAUAAAAAUAUGUAUUCUUCAUUAAGGUAUGUGCAAACACAUGGGUAUCCGGGAAUCUAAUGUCAUUGAAGACACCCACAUGUGUUCUCUUUGACCAGAACAAGAAAUUCCAUUCGUUUGGUUUCGAUGCUGAAGAAGAAUAUGCUGGCCUAGCACUUGACAACAAACAUGGCGACUACUUCUUCUUUCGAAGAUUCAAGAUGAAACUCUUUGAUAAAUUGCAUCUGAAAAGAAAGUUUAUGUUGGAAGAUGAAAUGGGAAGAAAAAUGCCGGCAAUGGAUGUAUUCUCAAAUUCUAUAAAGUAUCUGAGGGAUCAUCUCAUGCAGAAAGUAUUACAAAUGCUACCAGGCAUAUUGGACAGUGAUAUCCGCUGGGUGCUUACUGUUCCUGCUAUUUGGAAUGAUACAUCGAAACAGUUUAUGAGAGAAGCUGCAGUUCAGGUGAAAUAGAUAUACGAGAUUUUC